AUAAAUAUAAGCGAUGGCCUCCCUUUCUAAUCAUUCGGAAAAAGAAACGGUGCGAGAUAGAGACAUCGAGCUUAUUGCAAGCGGAGAACUUUCUGAAGAAAUACAAUAACAGUGUUUAGUAAUAAUAUUUUUGUCAAGACCGUGUUUGAAGGCAUUGAUUCCAAGAAAACAUCACAUAUUUACGUGCCUCUAAAUUAAGUGUCUAAUUACCAACCUACUACCAUGCAGACCAUUGUUGCCAAACAGAUAAGCGGCUUGGCUGGACUUAAGAAGGCUAGGAGUCUUCAGAAGUUGACCACUGGAAGCAUGAGGCUUCCAGGAGCAAUGUCCAGCGCCAAUCAAAUGGAGACGACGCUGACCACCUUCAAUGAGGGCCAGACAGUGCCCAGAAAGGAAUUCUCCUCCACCUCUGGAAUAGAUCGAAGCAAGGAUAGGAGGUUGAACCACACCGCUGCGGCAGUGCAUCAAAAAGUUGUUCCAGCCAAGUCCGUCACGACCUGGAUCUCAGAUCAGAUCUCCAACACCAGCUUGAGCCACCUUUCAGACAGGACCAUACACCGCAGCAAACGUAUGCUGCUGGACACGCUUGGCGUUGGGAUACUCGGUUUCCAGACGGACAUAGCCCAGAACGUCAUGAAGACCUGUGUUGGUCUGGAGCAAGGCUCAGCAAAAGGCAACCACAAAGGAUCCGUCAUUUGGGGGUCCAGGAAUAUGAGAGCUUCACCAGCUACAGCUGCGUACAUCAAUGGCGUCAGCGCCCAUGCGAUGGAUUUCGAUGACACUUGGCAUCCAGCCACCCACCCAAGUGGACCCACCCUACCGGCCAUCAUCGCACUGGCCGAAUCCAUGCAAGGCGACUACAGGCCAUCUCUAGAGAACAUUCUAGUGGCCUACAACGUCGGGAUACAGGUUCAGGGUCUCCUUCUCAGGUCCUCCGCCUCAGCGAAAAGCAUCCCAUGCAGGUUCCACCCUCCUGCAGUGGUUGGUGUCAUGGGGAGCGCCGCUGCCUGCGCUAACUUGUUGGGUUUCGGGCCAGAGAAGUGCAGAAACGCCCUCGGCAUAGCCGCUUCCUUCGCCGGGGCACCCAUGGCCAAUGCUGGCACAACCACCAAGCCCCUGCACGCAGGCAAAGCAGCCAGAUUUGGUUUGGAAGCUGCUUUACUUGCGGACCAAGGGAUAGAAGGUAACAGCAAGAUACUUGACAUGCCUUCAGGCUUCGGAGCUUUCUAUGAUGACUUCAAUCCCGAGAUGCUACUGAAAGAAAAUGUAAAUAAUCCAGAGUUUCUGCUCCAUGACCAAGACAUUGCACUUAAACGAUUCCCGGCUCAUCUUGGCAUGCACUGGACCAUUGACGCCGCUCUGGCCGUGCGGUCCAACCUGGAAGAUACUCUAGUUGUGGACAAUAUCAAGAAGGUCAUCGUCAGAGCUCCAAAGUCGAAGUACAUCAACAGGCCUCUGCCAUCUUCAACUCACGAAGCCCGGCAUUCUUUCCAGUUCAACGCAUGCACUGCUUUGCUGGAUGGGGAGGUCACUCCAAAGUCUUACGAGAACGCCCAGAGAACCAGGCGGGAGUUGGUGAACUUGCUGGAGAAGACUGAAGUGCAAACACCGGAAGACAACAAGCCAUCCUUCAACGAGAUGUAUGUCGAGGUGCACAUUCAUAUGUUGGAUGGGUCGGAGGUUCGUGGCCGCUGUGACACGCCCUACGGUCACUGGAGGAACCCACUGAGUGAUGCCGACGUGGUAAACAAAUUCUCUGCCAACACCACGACUCUGGCGCAGCAGAGGAGGCAGGAAAUUGUGGACAAAGUGAAGGUCAUGAGUGCAUCCCACAAUGCAUCUGAUCUGGCCAGGUUACUGUACGCGUACUGAGGCAUGACGACGCCCCAGCCAUGAUGUAAGAGCCAAUUGAGGCUUCCUGUUGUCGUCAUGGUUUCCUUAAGCCACAUUGUUAACCAACCAAUCAAAAUCAAGCAUUUAUGAACUUGAACUUGGAUACGUUAAAUUCUGACGUCAUUGCACUCCCACGAAUUAAAAACAAGUGACCAAUGACUGUCAUAGAAGGUACACAUGUUGAUCUGUAGCGUACAUUAAGAUGGAAAAUCAUAAAGCUAUAUUGUUUGUACUUAAUCUAAGUGUACCAAUAUUAUUUAUUUGUUAUUCUAUACAAACAAGUCAGUCUUUGUUUCCGUUAGGCCAGUCCAUUAAAAUGUCUUUGAUCUCACUAGAAACUUAUGCGAAGAACAAGAUUGUAGAUCGAUACAAGUGACACUGAGAAUGUCUACAAUACAAUCUCUAAGUUCUGGUAUGAACAACGGAUUGCUUGUUUUGGAUAUUUGUUGAAUUGUGAAUUCGUUUUUUUCGUUUCUGGACUGUGCUCUGUGCAUACCCUCUAAUGUUUUAAUAGAGUUCUCAUUGUGUUUGCCUUAUUGGUUGCCAUGGUAAACAGUACACAAUGAAUGCUCGUUUCGUAUAAAAUAAUCUGUCAUUAUUUAUUUUACAUUUUUUUUUGUCAUGCGUUCGUGUGACUUUAAACACACACACACAUAAAAUUCCCACUUUUGGCCUGAUAAUCUAAAUUCAACUUUAUAAAUCAUGCAUAUUGUAAAAUUGUAGAAUAUGUUAAUAUGUUGGUAAAGUUAUUUCUUAAAUUUGGCUUAUUUAGAUAGAGUGGUCUUAAGAUCUAUCCGUGUCGAUGGAUUAAGAUUAAGGUCUGCAUAUGAAAAUUAAUAGUUAAUUAUGAUAGACUUGGGUUAACUGAGUGUAACUGUAAUAAAUUGGGUUGGUUUUCUAGUUUUUAUCCCUAAAAUUUAGAUUUGAAAAUUUGUUAGAUCAUUCAUAUUGUAAAAUUAAGAGUAAAAAACUUUGAAAUAUUGUUUAUCUCCAGAAUUUAAUGAAUCGAUCUAGAUUGGACUAAACGCAGUUAGGUAAUGACACCGUAUGUUGUUGAUGGUCGUUGACUUGUAGCACCGAACUGCUGGUAGACAACUAAACCACUGUAGGCGCAUUAUUAUUUUAACUUAGAAAACUUGAACUAACUUCUUUGUGAACAAAACUACAGACAAAUUCCACUGAAAUCAAGGGAGAUAACAUGAAAUAAACGUCUAUUUUACAUCUAAAUCUUAACUCACAACAAAAACACGUCUUUACACUCUGGCAUCCUGGAGUUGUCUCUCUUGUACAUUUGCAUUACGCGAGACCCUAUUGUAAUUUUAUCAUCGUCAUUGCAUAGCCCCCAGCCAAUCUUACCGUCACCAUAGAAACACACACGCUUACGCACAAUCCAUAGCAUACAUGAACACUUUCUUUCCCUCCACACAAUUGACUAAACUGUGAGGGAGUUUGUAUUGAGCUGAAGUUGUAAGCGAUUUAAUCUAUUCCAAAAUUCAAUAAUUGAAUGGCGCAGCUACUAAGGCCCGGAUAGUAAAUUUUGUGACGUAUAUUUAGUUUUAAAUACAUGCCUUUAUUUAUAUUCCUAUGCUAAUUAUGAUGUACAAUAAAUCAUUCCAUGUAAUGUAUAUUGUUUUGCAUUAUUUGCAAUAAAAUAUUUUUUUCAAACUGUUUAUAUAUGGAAGGUGAUAUGUAAUUCAUUGUAAAUAUUUCGCUGACUAAUUGUGAUAUGUAACUGAGGCUUGGAGUAUUACCUUUACAAUGACAUGUGACUAAUACCUAAAUUAACACGUGGGCAUUGAGUUAUGACGCUUUAUAGAAGCAGCUUCCUGAGCCGUUUCUGGUCUGUGCUAAUCUUUGAAACUAUGUGAUUAUUUUAUGCACUGUAGAUUUGUAUAAUAUAUUUGUUGAUUAAGCAUUUUUAAUAUGAUGUUUAUUAUUUAGCAUUGAAGCUAUGACGUUUAAUAAUAAAGUGGUAAUUGUUUAUAAAAACGUU